CUCGGCAGCUAUAUACUGUGUCUCCUACUUUUCUGUAUUUAUACAUUAUUUGAAAAAUAUCAUGAGUGAUCCACCAAGAAAACACUUUAAUCCUCGAUGGAAAAAGAAAAAAAUACAAAAAAAUGAUAAAUUAAAAAAAGGUAAUAGUGCAGUAUUAAACACAAUCGAUGAUGUCAAAUCAAAUGCAGAUUCUAACACUGAUGACCAGUGUUCACUUGAUAAGUCUCCUAAAAGUAAGUCACCAAAGCACCGGAUUGCAAAAAGAGAAACUCCAUAUCCUGGAUGGCAUUUUUACUUUGAGAAUGAAGAGUAUAGAAAGACUUCUCCCAUUGUGGCAAAAAUCCAGGCAAUGGAAAAAUUUUUAGAAGAAAAUCCUGAAUUAAUAGUUCAUUGUGUAGAGGAAAAUACGUUUAGUAUUGAUGUGAAUUUACUUUAUGCCAGUCAAAUAUUUAUUGAAGAUUGGCCUGAUUUCAAGUCAGAAUUGAAAAAUAAACCUGAUUAUGUAUUGAGUUGUUUGGGACUAGCAGUGCAGAAAAUUAAGCUUGAUCAUUUAAAACAACAAAGUAAUAUAGUUGACGUUGAAGCGGCUGAUGCUUAUGUGAACAUUAAGAUUUUAAACUAUGAUCCAGUAGUGGCUUUAAAAAGUAUUAAAGUUAAUUAUUAUGGAAAGUUUAUAACUGUUAGAGGAUGUAUUAUAAGAGUAAACAGAUCUUGUCAAUUGGCCUCAUCAUUGGUGCUUUUAUGCGUUACAUGUAGAUUACCAUAUCAAGUUAAGCAAAAAAAUGGAAUUUAUACUCCAAAGAAAAAGUGUGACUGUUGUGGUGCCAGGAAAUUUGAACCUGAAUUAAGCUCUCCAUAUGUGGAAACAAUUCCAAUGCAAAUUGUACGUAUUCAAGAACAUUUUGGAGAAGAGCAAGAUGAUCAAGGCAGGGUGCCUCGUGUGAUGGAUGUAGAGCUUUAUGAAGACAUGGUGGAUACAUGUAUGCCUGGAGAUGAUGUUACAAUAACAGGUAUAGUUAAAAUGCAAGGUACAGAUAAUGGCAAAGUUAAAACUAGUGCAGUAUCAUCUUUAUAUAUUCAAGCCAAUUGUGUUACCAACAAUAACAGAAAAGCUAAAAAUAAUGAAGGAAUAAAUAUUGAACUGAGUAUUUUAGACUAUAAAUCCAUCAAAGAUGUCUACAUAAAUGAUGAUACUCUAGGUGUACUUGUUCAUUCAUUAUGUCCUGGAAUAUAUGGACAUGAGAUGAUCAAAAUGGCUCUUCUUUUGACAUUAUUUGGUGGUAGCCCAAAACAUACUAAUUUAAGAGAUAAUAUCCAUAUUCUAAUUGUUGGAGAUCCUGGAUUAGGCAAAUCUCAGAUGCUGCAAGCUUGUUCUCGAGUUGCUCCUAAAGGUAUUUAUGUGUCUGGCAAUUCCAGCUCUUCGUCAGGUUUGACAGUAACUUUAGUCAGAGAGAAAGGAGAAAGUGAUUUUGCAUUAGAGCCAGGGGCUUUAGUAUUAGCUGAUAGAGGAUGUUGUUGCAUAGAUGAAUUUGACAAAAUGCCUACUCAGCAUCAAGCUUUACUUGAAGCCAUGGAGCAACAAAGUGUAAGUGUUGCUAAAUCUGGAGUCAUUUGGUCCUUGCCUGCUAGAACAUCUAUUCUUGCUGCAGCAAAUCCUAUUGGAGGGCGUUAUGAUAAAUCCAAAAUAUUAGCCAAGAAUUUAAAUAUGAGCCAACCACUUUUGUCAAGAUUUGAUCUGAUUUUUCUCUUAUUAGAUCAGCCAGAUAAGGACUUGGACAAUUUUUUAUCAGGACAUGUCAUGUUGAUGCAUACUGGUAAUGAACCCAUCAAGAAUGAAGGACUUACAGGCUAUAAUAAACCAAGUAAUAGCUUAGGUAAUUCGCUAAGAAAAAGAUUAGUUAGCUCAUCAAAAAAUAAAGUUCACAAUGUGUCAUCAUCAAUUCUUCGUAAAUAUAUUUCUUAUGCCAGGCAAUAUGUCAAUCCUAGACUAUCAACAUCAUCAGCUACAGUUUUACAAAACUAUUAUUUAAAUUUACGUAGAACAAUGAAUGUAGCAGCGAAUCUUGCUCCAUGCAAUAGACAAUUGGAAGCGCUUGUUCGUCUGACUGAAGCCAGAGCAAAAUUAGAUUUACGUGAAGAAACAACAGAGCAAGAUGCUUUAGAUAUUAUAGAGUUGAUGGAGUAUACUGUAUUAGGUAUGGAAGACAACAAAUUAAAUUUCACUCUACAAAAUAAUAAAGAAAGUGUUAGAGGUGCUAUGAAAUAUUUUCUAAAAUUUUUGGUAAAAGAUUCAGAAGAAAAACAAAGUAAGUUAUUUUCUAAAGAAGAAUUGAAAGAUGUUGCUCUCAGAGCUGGAUUUUGUAGCAAUGAUGUAUCUAAUGCUAUUGACAGAUUAAAUGAACAAGGGAUUCUUAUUAAAACAAGUAGUGGCAUGUAUAAGUUUAUACCACCAUAA